AUGAAGGCUUUGAUACUUUGCCUUUUCCUCCUAUUGUAUGAGGCAUCUGUAGCCUCGAUUACAGAGUCAAAGGAUUCUCCGGCGAAGACUACCGGAGUUACUCUGGACAUAAAUAACCCGGACCUUUCCACUUUUGAAAUGUUUAAUCUAAAGCCACAUAAUAUAGAGACACCAUCAUAUACAGCAAAGUCUGAUUGUUUUAUAGACAAGGUGGUGGAAGGAGAUGCUACCAUCUGUGAAUGUUCUCCCAAGGGAGCAUUUGUCAAAGUCACGCAUUGUUUUAUAAAAGAUCUACUUGAUCUUAUCCAUGUAUAUACUAUAGAUUUAAAUGGUGCAAAGAAUGCCUGCUAUUUUCUCAAGAAGGAUGGUAAGUGGUCUUCUCUCAAAGAAGAGGAAUUCUAUGACCACUUUAAUGCACUCUCAAUCAUUAAUCAUGAUUUUGAGGACAAGGUAUUUAGCCUUAGUGGAACCAAGAGUGACUGGAACUUUUAUAUAAAUGAAUCGCCAAAGUCCCCCUUUGCAGUUUAUGGGACCAGAAGCACAUGUAGAGUCAAGAAAAUUAAGACCACAAACCGUGGUGGUACCACAAUAUGGAAGAAAAAGAAGGAUGAGUGGUGUACCAAACUCACUCUUUAUCCCAGAGCUGGAGAUCAUAAACUCCUUUGGAUAGUCACCAAGGAUCCUUAUGAGAAUGAGAACAUCCUCUACUACUCCAAGAUGAGUGGGUCAUGGAAGUCUGUUGACAAGAAUGGGUAUCUGGAAGACUUAGCCAAGGCUGGCUUUGACAGGUCAACCUUCAAUGAUAGAGUUACUCUAGACAUAUCCAAUGUUGACGACAAACUCUUCUUCAUUGACAAAUACCAAGUUGACAUUAUAGUAGAAAACAGACACCACGUCCUUCCGGGAUUUAGAAUGAACAAGGUAGUGCAGGGUAAGGAUAUUAUCUGGGAGUCUUCGGAUGAUAGAUUCUCUAUCCACUUUAGUUUUCAUGGUAUAGGUGAUGACACCUCACUUGGUGCUCUAUUUACCACGAAUACCAAGAAGGAGAAUAAAAUUAUCUAUUACGGAAAACUUGAUGGAAAGUGGGUGACUAUCACCAAGGAUGAAUACGAGGACAUUUUGGCCGGUAGGAAUAAUCCAAUUUACACUCAUAAAUCUACUGGUAAAAUUAUAAUGAGCAGUUUUAAGAAUAAGCAAGGUCUACGGAUUGCAACAUAUGCCUCCAAGGUUGAGAAUGCUAAAGCUGACGUUAUUCUUGUCCAUGGAAUUCGUGGUUCAUUUACAGUUGACUUUUCUACAUUUGACCUAAGCUUGAACUAUGAACAAUAUGGUUUUGAGAUAUUCCCCUAUUGCAGUAUUUUUGAUGAACCAGUGACUGUCAAGAGAGUGUCAAAUGCGGAACGCUACAGAUCCUACUUUGAGUACGAGACCCUGGAAGGAAUGAACCCGCUAGACAUUCUUCACAGGUCUCAAUACAGGGCUACCUUUGUAGAGGCUCUUAAUAGGCUUGGGUAUAAUGUCUACUGCCAUGACCACCAAUCACAUGGCUUUUCCGAAUCCAAGACUGAAAGAAGAUGCCAUGCUGAGAAAUUCAUGGAUUAUAUUUAUGAUUUACUUCAGUUUGUAAGUAUAAUGAGGAGGGGUAAAUUUGGAUAUCCUAAUGAAAAGUGGGAUGAGAAGGUAGUCUUCAAGAGUCACACCACUGAUAAAAAGACAUUCUUGUUCGGAUUUUCACUGGGAGGAAACAUUACAAUAAGAGCUAUAGAAAAAUUUUACAAGGAGAUAAAGAAUCCUAAUGCAAAUUUUGUGGAUGCUUUCAUUGGUUUUUCUACUAUGCUUAAUGUUGAUCCAUAUUUGGAUAGAUGGUACAAGAAGAUAGCAAGGCCAUUUGAAGAGGGUAUCGCCUGGAUGGAUCCAAAAUCAAAGAGCCCAUACCAAUAUCCAUAUGACAUUGGUUUAAAAUUUUGCAGAUUUGUAGACUAUAAUUCUGACCCACUUUAUUAUAGUGAUAGAUUCACUAGAAAUACAGCAAUGUCCCCUUUUAGUGCAUGCAGAAAGGUUAUGGAGGGGAAAAGAACCAAGUUUUAUCCCAAAGAUUUACCAUCCUUGUUUAUACAUAGUAAGAGUGAUGAUCUAUGUGAUGUAAAGGGUCCAAGGAAGAUGGUUAAUAAGAAACUCAAGGAAAGCAAAGUUGCGAAACUCGUAGAGUGGGAAGGAUCUGGACAUCAUAUAGUUGCUAUUCAGAAUGUUCCUAUUUUGGCACCAUUGUUGGACCGGUGGCUAAAUGGACACUUUUCAGAAACGGUGAAUAUGAAGAGACCAUUACAGGUUCCCUCUAAUGUUAAAGAGGGAGAACCCGCAGUACCCGUUCAGUCUAACCUCCGUAAUGUUGCACCUAAAGAAGUCGUUAAAGGACUAGAAGGAACUACUCUUGACCUCUCUUCUCCGGACUCUUCUUUAUUCUCUCUAGCUGGUGAUCGGAUUCAUGGAGUGAAUCACAAGGCAUUUGUUCCCAAGGAUGGAUCUUCUGUAGUGACUAUAGUGGACGACGGAGAUACCCUUUGGACCGCUACAGACACUCAAGGAUGUACAGGUGCCUACCUAUUCUCCAGGGAGGGAUACUCUUCUCUUCUUAGUGUCUAUACCAGAGGUGCCGGAGAUGAGACCUUUUGUUUUGAGAAAGUUUAUGGAGCAUGGAAGAAUGUGAGCAAGUUGGAAUUUGAACGUAAGCUACACUCAAUGAAGGACCUUUCUGCACCUGCUGGUGAAGAGCAUAGGGAGGAAGAUACAUGA